AUGGGCUACACACUCGCCGUCCUCGGAUGCGGUACCAUGGGCGUCGCCAUCCUCUCUGGUGUCCUCUCGUCUCUCGAGUCUCGCCUGGCAGCUCCCGCGCAGCCAAAUGGUACUGGCACCCACGAGCCCGCGUCGGGUAUCUCGACGCCCACGGCGUCCAUGUUCCUAGAUGCGCCAGACGAGACGCUGCCCUCCAAGUUCAUAGCGACGGUAGGCCGGGAAGAGACAGGACGGAAGUUGCGAAAGGUGUUUGCUGCGCUGGGCGGUAGGGGUGAGAGCGUGGAGGUCAGAGCGGGAAAGGGGAACGUGGGGGCUGUGAGCGAGGCGGACGUGGUUCUUAUCUGCUCGAAGCCGCAGGUCGCGCGCCAAAUACUCGAAGAGGAGGGCAUGUCAGAGGCUAUCUCUGGCAAGCUUGUCAUCUCCAUCUGUGCAGGUGUGACUUUGUCGCAAUUGCGAUCAUGGGUUCCUAAAGACACGGAGGUCGUCCGAGCCAUGCCAAAUACCCCUUGCAAAAUCCGCGAAGGCAUGACAGUCGUUACUCCACUCGAAUCCGCCCACACCCGCGCUCUCCUCCUCGCCAUUUUCACCUCCUGCGGCCGCUGUCGCUUCUUGGACGAAAAGCAUUUCGACGCAUGUACAGCUCUGGCGGGCUCAGGUCCGGCGUUCGUUGCGCUAGUGUUGGAGGCGAUGGCGGACGGUGGUGUGAUGAUGGGAUUGCCAAGAGCGGAGGCGUUGGAGCUUGCUGCGCAGACUAUACAGGGUACAGGACGGAUGGCGCUGUAUGCGGGAUUACACCCUGCGCAGCUGAAAGAUAGCGUGACGACUCCUGGUGGAUGCACCAUUGCUGGUCUCCUGACAAUGGAAGACGGCAGGGUACGGUCGACGAUGGCUCGUGCUAUCCAGGUGGCGACCAAUCACGCUUCUGGUCUGGGACAAGACAAGAAGUAG